UCUUUAGGAAUUUCGUUUUUUUUCUAACAUUAUUCCGCGAAGAUAUGCAAAAACUCUCAAGGCUCACUGCUGGGUGUGAAUUCGUGCUACGCUAGACUGACAACUCAGGAUGAAAUCAGCGGCGAUGCGAGGCCGAAUGGUGAAAUCUUGGUUCUCGCGAAAAAAAAACGAUCUCUUCGUUAGACUCGUCUUGCCAUUUUGAUCCACGAGCGUAGGCGUAGCCUAGAUACAUUCAAUAUGAUUAUCGAAAAGAUGCUGAAGCCGAGGGAUCAGACGAACAUUCGAUUUUCGCUGAAUUUCAUUCCGGAUCAAAAUGUGGUACAUCCUCUUGGUUGGGCUCCUGGCCCAGGCUUCCGGAACGCAGGUCACAUACCACACGACAUCCCAAGCACAAUCGUCGGCUUCUUCCUCGUCCUCGGAGACGAAAAAUUGGUCGUGGCAAGAACCUUCCGCAUCGGCGAGCGGCCAGCAAGACGAUUAUCAUCCUUUGUCCUUCACAGCUUCGGACGUGGUGGAUCCGAAUCAGGGAAAACAGCAGAGCCCGAAUGUCCAGUCGGAUUCGAGCAGUGUGGCACAGGUGCUCGAUCAAUUCACGCAGCAAACGGUUGACACAGUGGUCGAUGACAUCCUUGACUCGAGCCGACGAGGUCGCAACCUUGAAGGAUACGAUGAACUGUACGCUGACCCAGAUGUCAAAAAUGCUCUGCAAAUUGGAAACGACACCAUCGCUCGCGCUUACAUCAGAGACAAGCUCUGCAGCUUGGGUUUAAUGAACUGCGAGAACAACGAAGGCCGUCGACCAUUCUAUUCCCCGCACCGUGACAUCCAUCCCCACGACAUUAUUUACGCCCAACCAGUGACGAUCAAACCAGUUGGUCGUCCACUACCAGCCAUCCCGAUCAAGCGACCUUACGGUCCGGCGAAACCAGUUCCGCUUCCCCCUGGUAUCGGCUCCGGGCCAAUUUACUCCGGUCCACCUGGGCCAAUCUACUCCGGUGCACCAGGACACUUUCCCGGACCGUCGUCCUCUUUCUCGGGAGCUCAUCAUUCGUUCCCCGGGCCUUACCCGGGCUACAAAAAGCCAUCGUUCGGACAUGGCACGCGUCCGGUGUACGAGGCAGGAUUCGACGGAGAAUACGACUUUGAAGACAAGUUCCUGGAGAAAAAGCAGGUUCUGGUUCAACAGCCUACAGCCGCAGGAGUUCAACAACACGUCCAUCAUCACUACCAUCACGGUGAGGGUGACGUAAAAAAUCCGGCAGUCAUUGUCGGCACCCCGGGACUUGCAGGCCCCAUAGUCAACCCUGGAGUCGUGUCAAGCAAUGGCCUUAAUUCCUACGGUUAUGGAUCAUCCGGAACUUAUGGUAGCGGCUACAAUGAUUUUGAAGAUUAUAAGAAAGCUUUCAAGGUGAAGACUCCCUCGAACGGGAACAGCCUGGACCCCCUGACGUCGAGCCCGAGUUAUGCGAAUCGUUAUCCAACUUACGAUAAAUCCAAAAGAGAUUCCAUUUUCACCUCGAAAGGAUUUUCCGGCGGGGUUGAAUCGACCAAGAUAUUGAGCUCUGGCUUCGGAGGUGGAAACAGCUUCGUGAAUCAAGGAUUCGGUUCAGGCAAUUCCGGCUUUGGACAAGGCUCGAGCAGCGGGUUCAUUGCCAACGGAGGACACCCAUCGAACCAUGGCUUUGGCACAAACGCAGGAUUGGGCUCGAGCAACGGCUUUGAAAAUUAUCCUUCCAACAACUACGAAGACUGUCUCUGCGUACCCUACGAUCAGUGCGCCGGUAUCGACCACGCUGGUCGCAAAGAUGAUCUCUUCCUGGCCAUAGAUCCUCGAAACCUCGGUAAAGACAUAGAAGCGGUUGAAGAAGUUGUUGUUACCGACGGCAAUGGCACUAUGAGCACCAUCAGGGUACCCAAAGAGGUGAACGGAACGGAGCAGGCAGAAAACGCGAAAGAGCAGGCAGCAAAAGCAGCCGACGUACAAACAAAGGCGCCCGACAGCACACAAAGGAGCAAACGUGACGCGAAACAGGUCGCUGAUACUAAAGACAAGAAUGCGGACGUUCAAAGCCGUUUAAUCGUCGGUGACGUUGACACUUCAAAAUUGAACUUCAAGCCGACUUGGGGCGUGAGCUUCGGUUUACCGCAGAACGCCGGUGGAAAUUACCCGGUCAAUCCGUACGGCGAUAACUCAUUGGUUAAUCCGUAUCAAGGGUACGGUGCGGGUGGUGGGCAAGGCCUGAAUCUCGGCUUAGUCUCGGUCAAUCCGUUGCUUGCUGUUCAAGUCACGAAGGAUGAUUACGGCGAAAAAGUGAUAAAACCAUUUGUCAACCUUCAUGUCACUCCGAACCAGGGCUUUGUCAAUAAAUUGGGCAACAUAUUGGCCCACAAAAAGGAGCUCCUUUUGGGAGGACAGCCUGGCGGUUACUAUGGACCACAUUUCGGAGGAUCUUAUCCCAGCGGACAUUAUGCGCCAAACUAUUAUCCGUCUGGACCAUCGUCCCACGGAAGACCAAUAUUUGUUGAAAACCCCAAUCAUUACUAUCCCACUGGACCGCAAUCGCCAAGCUGGUCCGGCUACGAGAGGCCUCAGCAACAUUACCACAAUCAUCAUCAUACGCACCAACAUAACGCUCGACCCGACCACGGCCAUUACUACAAUCAGAACAACCAUUAUGGAGGACAUCCCGGCUACUAUCGAGACUCUGACGACUACGAUGAUCCUUCAUCCAAUUACGAUUUUUCCGACUACGGAGACGGUUACUUCAGGAACGCCCGGACUAAUGUCUCAGCUUCGCCGCGUGUUCCUCGGCUCCAAAAUAGCGCCAUCCAAAACACUCGAAGCGAGGGCCAAAGGUCUGAAGAGGCCGGUGGCACAGUCGCUUUCCGCGACAGAAAGAAACGCGACGUCUUGGAUCAGGUCGGAAAAAUUCGAGAGCGGGUAAGAACAGUCCUGAUCAAUGAGACCCCAGAGUUUCCUGUUCAUCGAAUGAAAAUGAGGAUCAUUGCGACGGAAUUCAUAAUCGAGAAUCCGAGACGGACGAACGAACGGAAUAAAACAAAUGAGGAGUCUCACUCAUCGGACAACAUCAACUUCAGCUCUAUCCCGACUAUCAAUUAAUAGACCGUUUUAGAAAGGAAAAUCUCUUGGGCACUUGCAGAGGGUUUGCUGGACUAGCUAGAGCGCUUCGAGUACUCUGGCAUGUACUCGUUGCCGUGACUUUUGCAUCAACACUCACAACCAUUCUAUCCAACAAAUCCCAAUUGCUUUUUACUAUCAUCAACUACUGCUACGACAUUUCCAUCCAUUUCCUGCCUCGCGGCAUCCAACGCGAACACCAUCACCGACUAAUGGUCUUCAGUUUAUCGUAAUACGCGCUGUUCAACGCUAAUGCUAUUUUCUUACGAAACGCCAUGGCUUUUUGGGAGAACGCGUGCGCGUUUAAACGUGUGCUCAUUAUAAAUAAAACUAUUUGACUUAUUUGUU